UGUCGUAAAACUGAAGAAAUACCACAAAAACACACAACGAAUGGCUUUCGGUGUGAACAGAGAGUUGUCUCUAAUCGGAGAGUUUGUCGUAAUCGGGAUCUGCUUCUUGUCGGCCAUCGACUCGCCAUUCAGUUGAUUGUAUUUCUUCACGUCUUCCGACGGAUGGCUGUCAGCCAUUGUCUUCUUAUCGGUUCCACUCAUUCGUCUCAAACCGGAGGAAUCGUCAGAAGACAUGCCCGCUGGACCGAAAGUCGUUCAGCGAUGAGUCAAACGAACCGUCGAUUCCUUCACCGAAAUGUUCACAACAAACACAAGAAGACAUUGAAAUCAUAUUUCUAUGAAUUGUUUGGUUUCGUGAGAAACAAAUGCUUUUCAUUGGAUAUACUCUUCGAUACAAAGCUAUCAGUUAAAUUGUUAGAGCGUUGGAGAAAUACAGAGAUUGAUUGGUCGACAUAUGUAGAGCAGGUCCAGUGCUUUUUGAAUGGCUCUCUCAACUACUCGGACAUCAAGGGAGAGACGGGUCCUAUUAGUUCAAAAAACUAA